AUGUCCAAGGCUGAAACAUGGGACCGAGCCAUCUGCUACUCCUCCUUCGGCGCCUUGUUUCCGUAUAGACAAGAUCAGACAAACGUCACCUGUACCCUCUGCCUUGCUACUCUUGUGACGCCUCGAGUCGUCUCAGCUGCACAGGGGAAACCAGGCGGAGGGCCAUGGAAACGGGAGAGUUUUGGCCUUGGCCACCCCCCAAAAGGGCUGACGAGAGAGAGAGAAAGGAGCAAGACUUGGUUACCAUGCUCACUCCCUUACUUGCUCCUUCACGCCCUCACUCGGGGAAUGAUCGACUUGCUCGUACCGGGGUGGAGCGCUGUACCCCUGGUGCUCUCCGAUAGCCGUCAAUGCCUGGCAGCCGUUUAUGCCUUAUAUCGCGGGUAUACAAGCUCUUCCUGGGUCCAUCAUUUCCCCAAACUUGAUGAUGCAUUGCACUGCCCAACGCUAGAAAUCGCCAUCCUGGUUCCUGCUUGUCCAUGGGUCGCGCGUCUCCUGGUCUUUUUUCCAACGCUUGUGUGCGCAUUUUAA